AUGCCGCGUCACAGCAAAAACAACACAGCUCUCUCUUUUUUCACCUAUGCAGAAAGUCAAGCACUCAACUAUGGAACAAAAAAGCAACGUUUAGGACGUGACUCAAUGCGCGAAUGUGACGCCUGUUAUCUUUGCCUACAACGUGCUCGUGACCCAGUUUGUUGUUCGCAUGGUCAUCUAUAUUGUAAAGAAUGCAUUUACGAAAACAUUUUAGCACAGAAGAAGGAAAUUAAACGGCAACAACUGUUGUUUGAACAACGAGAAAAAGACGAGGAAGAGGCGGCUAAACGUAAAGAGGAAUUAGCCAAGGAAGCGCUAAUUCUCGAUUUUGAACGGCAGCAAGUUAGAGUUGCGCCUACUGAUGCUUCCUUUUCGAAGUCAGUCAAAGUUAUUGAAAAAGACAAUGAAAGUAAGCUAACAGAGGAUGAGGAUAAUAUCGUUACUACAGAUAAAACAAAGCAGGAAAGUCGUCGAGGCUCUGUUCAAAGUGAAGCUAAAUAUGGAAAAGAUAGUGGAAUAGUAAAAGUUGCUGGUAAAAAAAGGGGUUUUCAACUUGAUGAAGAUGAAAUAUUGGCGAUUUCAAAGCGUGAACAUGAAGAAUCGUUAAAACGAUUGGAAGAAAAACAAAUUAAAGCAUCGAAACCAAAGCUUCCAAACUUUUGGCUGCCAUCUCUUACCCCUUCUGCUGACCCCGAUAAAACUAUACCAAUUAAACGUCAAACCAUGUGCACAGCAGCUGAGUCUGAGCACCCUAUAAGUAUCAAAAGUCUUAUUCCCACGAAAUUUACUGAAGUCGCGGAAAUAAACUCGAAGAAAAAAAGUUUUGUAUGUCCUUCUUGUCGCAAGGGUUUGACAAACACAGUAAAGAUUAAUUUACUGAAAACGUGUGGACACGUAAUAUGUGGCGUUUGCGUUGAUAAAUUUGUAAGUAAGGCUCAUCGGUGCUUUGUGUGUGAGGCGAAAUGUAAAGAAAAGGAUAUUGCCGAUAUGUCUGGCGAAGGGACUGGAUUUGCAAGCGGUGGCGGAAAAGUCGUAGCUCAAAAGUUCGAUGUAGCUUUUCAAUAA